GGUCCCGCUGCCGGCCGGCAACGGCGGUGGAUUAUUUCGUCAGACGGAUAAGAGCUACAGCUCGUCAGAUCAUACAGACCAUCUGGCGCCAAAAAUGGCGCGGAAAGCGAUUUCGAUUUACGAAUCCCCAAUUGAAAAGGGAGGAGACAAUUUAGAUUUGAUUUGAGACGGUUCCCAGAUGUAUGAAAAAUUAUGUGAAACUACUACAAGAUGUUAUAAUACCAUGGAUGAUCCACCCCUGAAGAGGCCUCAACCAUCUAGAUACAUCACAACCGCGGUGCAGUAAACCACGGCACAUCCGAUUGGCGCUACUUCACCCGAAUUGUUGUUGAUGAUGAUGGUGAUGAUGAUGACCUGCAGUCAACACACCAAGUGGCGUGGAAUGCUCGAUAGGCGGCACUGCACUUUCCAUGGCAUGAAUUGCGUCGCCCCACUCUAUCCCGUUCGGUGAUGUUCUAUUGUUCGUAAAUGCGUGAGUAGUAGUGAGUAACACCGGCCCAUUCGAUGGCUAGGCCCCUCCUCUCCGCAGAAGGGGUCUCGGCUAUCGCGAGCCGCGGAUUGAGGUAAAUUCGUGUCCACUGUUUGACCACAUUGUGCGUGUGUACAUGUAACCAUUGAGCAAUACCAUAUUGAGCAUAUAACCAUUGAGCAUAUGACCAUUGAGCAAGAGUUCGACCCAAAUCCGUCAUCGUCGUGUCCACCAAAGCGUAAAGGGUAUUAUUGUCGAUUGUGAUGAAACUGUAUUAUACUCAAACACAUUUCCUCCUCCCCGAAGCAGGUUGCACCCUAUGUCCCGUGUUGUCCUUAUCAUUUGACUUUUUGUAGUUGUUUUGGACUUUCCCAUGGGGAAAGAUUUCAAUUUCAAACUGUCGGUUACAUCGAGCUUUAAUGGUGUGCUACCUUUAUCCUCCCUUAAACAUACACACACACACACACACAGCAGACCGGAGAUUCUGGAGAGUCAGCUUGUGUCGGCAUUCAGGGCCGCCGCCGCUCUGCCGGAUGCCGAAUCGUUGGAUCUCCGUCAACCAUCACUUUCGCCGCUGGAGGAUGGACGUCACUCUCAGCAUCAGCAUUCGGAGCAUUCGUCGCAUCACGCCGGACCACUACAGCUGACAUCGGAGUACUCGCGUAAACGUUCCCACCGCCAGCUGGAGUUGCCCAACUUUUUCGCCUCCCCAACACACCUGGAUACAGGGCCUGGGGUUCUCGGUGAGCAAUCGUUGGGCUUGAACGAUGGCGGACCGCACGAGGGAGGGCCCAGCUCCCGGAAGAAGUCCAAGUUUUCGGCCAACAGUUCUGCUGCGGCCGCAGCAGCAGCCGCUGCCGCAGCGGCCGUAGCCGCCAAUUACUACGACAACGCAUAUCUUUCGUUCGAGAAGAGCCUCCGAGGAGCGUUCGGAGUGAACGCGGAAGGUGUAGGCAGCAUUUCAUCGAUGCUCGAUGGUGGUGGCCACCUGAGUCACCUUCAGGUGGUCGAUCCAUAUCAGUCCAGCUCUCACCACCACCAUCAUCAUCAGCAGCAGCAGCAGCAGCAACAACAUCAUCAUCAGCACCAUCCUCCACAUCAUCUGCUAAGUCCGAUCAACUACACGCUGACGGCCGAAGCGAUCAAUCGACGCAUUCGCAGCACGCUUGGAUUGGAAUUGGAAUCGGAGCAAAGCGCCCGGGACCCGGGCUCCGAUCGGGCUCCAUCGGCAAAGGAUUCUGCUGGUGAGACGGGUGAGUGUUACGGGACUGGCCCGGGUAGUCCGGAUUGGAUGAGACGUGGUAUCGGUGGUCCGGGAUCACAGCCACGGAGCGAUUCGGCCGGUGCUUACGCUCGAGAUAGUCCGCCCGGUAUGGGUACGGCUUCUCCUCCUGUUUCGCAUCCUUCUGCCCCUCCUCCGCUGGGAUCGGGUUCUGGAUCAUACGGGGAGCACAAAUUUGGAGCCCAUUAUUCGCCCGUACCACCGGCGACCACCAUGAUGCACGACGAUAACAACAAUGUGGAUAAGAAGCCCGCUUAUACCGAGUGAGUGAGUUAGAUGUGGUGCCGGUGCGACAUUGCUUUACUGCAGAGCGAAGCCUCCUGGUGUGCUUUAUAUCCCAGUUAAUUGACAACGCUAGAUACUGGUGUGUGGUGGAACGGCGGUGACUUUUUGGGACACGAAUUUUAUCAGCAAAAUGGCAAAACGGUCACAUUUGAUAGUGUAGGGUUAGAGACAGCUGUUGGGGAGGCCCUGAUAUCCUGAACGGGAUCCACGGCUACUAGGAUCAGUUGUUAAGAUGCCCAAUAGAGAAAGAGAGAGAGAGAGUUCUCUCGCCUGGCGAGAAGCAGUUUUAAGAUGUACUAUUCCUUCCGAAAUCUACGUAACCAUAGUAACGUGCACAUGCAGUGUAACGAAGUGUAACUUUGAAUUUUGACUGAAAACUUGUUGUGGGCACGAUUUGUGUGAAUUUUGUGGAAAAUGCCUUCCUUUCGUGUAUGUGUAUGGGUGUGCCGGUAUCUUUAAGCAAAUCAAUUCGCUAGGCUUUGGACUGAGUUCAUGACAAUGACGGGAAAUGGUCUUCAUCAAAAUUAUGUAGUCAUGUUUUGGUUUUUGUUGUUUAAAUCAUUAUUGGCGCGACCAUUUUCGAUGCAAAACAUUUUUGAAAAUCAUACAUUUCCUUUAGUGAACUGCUCCAGUAUCUAUACCAGUAUCACACCAUGUAUUGCGUCAAACGUGCCCUCCCCCCCCACCCCCCAUUCGGAGCAUAAGUUUUAAAAUGAACGAAAAAUGAGCCUUUCAAUGUGAAGCAUAUAGGUGUAGCAGUGUAGAGAAAGAAAUUGUAAGAAAGAGAGGCCGCACGCGAAGGGCGCACCAGGAACCCGCUAGGAAGUUCACUGAUAAUCCCCUCCCCCAUACGAUAAUCAAAACGCAGAUAAACCGAGCAUAACUUUGACUAAACAGAAGUAAACCCCUUGGUGAUUAUUCUAGACUGAUUAGUAUACUAUACGGACACGAACGGUAUAUACACUCCAUCGUAUCGGUAUCAUCGGCGCGAGUCGCGAGCCGGGGGCGGAAGGUUGAGGCUUAUAUCCAAGGAUUUCAAUUCAUAGCAUGUGGGUGGGUUUUGUAUCAUUAUGAACCCGAGGAGAAAAGCUUGGUGAAAAUUGUGCACGGUUGUGGAGCUCCUGGUUUUGAGGCCACCAGCCGAGUGGUUCACGAGCGAGCUUCACACCUACCACCAGAGAAGCUAAUUGGACCCCAGAGAAUGGGCGAAUGAGAAUGAGGAGAGAAAGAGAACUUUAGACCGACGGUUAAUCGUUUUGUGAGGUGAUCCGGGGACCUAGACCGAGAACAAUUGCAUAUUUGGAGCAGAAGUAAAGUUACUUCCAAUGGCCGGUAAUAAAGUAUGUUAAACGAUUCUUCCAGUAUUUGUCUCGUAUCAUCCAGCGAUCCAUUCAU